AUGACAUCCAUAACGAAUCAUUCUAAUAAACAAGAUCAAAUAGAAGAUUCAAAAUCAAAUUCAAUAAUUCAACUUGAAUUCAGUGAAUCAGUUGCACAAAUACUUGCAGCAACAUCGUAUCGACAAUAUUCUUCUCGGAAAAGAUCUUCAUCGAAAGACACUCAAAGAACAUAUGAUAAAGAAGAGAAUACUAACAAAAAACAACGAAAUAAUAAUGAUUAUCACGUGUUUCAAACACAAAAACGGAAUGAAAUGAUAUCUAAAAGAUUGGUCAGCACUCAGAAUAUUACUGAAAAUAAUUUAGAAUGGUUUCAAGAUUUUAUGCGUCAAUGUUUGGAUACAAUACGUGAUACCGUUACCCAGGCUUGUAUAACAGCUAUCUCUUCUCAAUUCAGAACACCACUAAAUUCAAAUACUCCUACUCAAGAUAUCAAUAUUAAUAAUUAUCGAACUGGUCAUAUUCAAAGUGAACAUUCACUGACAUUACAUAAUAGAUUAGAUGAUGAUGAUGAUUAUAUUGGUAAAAAACAACGAAUUCAUCAUCGAGCAAGAUUAAAUCCUUAUCCUCUGUUUAAAAAUAUAUUUCGAACACAACUUAAUGAUAUUCAAGUACCUUGGUCAUAUGAAUGGUCGCAAUACAAACCGAUUAUAUUUACAGCUGAAGAAGUUCAUAUCAAUCCAAAUGCAGAUCUUGAUUUAUUAAAAUCUCCUUCUUCUAUUUCACUUCAUUUCAAUACUAUUGAUGGUACUAUCGAUCGUCGUAGUGUCUAUCAUCAUUAUCAUAUAAAUAAAUAUAAUGGUCUUCCAUUAAAUCCAAUUGGUCGUACAGGUAUACAAGGACGUGGUAUUCUUCUUAGAUGGGGUCCAAAUAUCUAUCAUUAUAUUAUCAUAUGUCGAUGGAAACGAGAUAUUCAAGGAAGAAUUAUUUUACAUCCAUCAAAUGGAAAAAAAAUCCUUGAAAUUCUCUUAGAAAUACAAACAGAUGGUUAUGAAACAAAUGAUUUUAUUCUAACAGGUGGUUUACAUGUAUUAGGUUAUCGAUUUCCACCCCAAUUACAAGAUCGUUUAAAACGUUUUAUUAUUCAUACAGGUGUGAUCUUCAAUAAUGAAAAAAAGAUUUCAUCAUCACUUAUUGGAUUAAAUCAUUUAUUUGAACAAACUCCAGUAUCAUGGAAAGGUGCUUAUUUUGAUGAUACUCGUAAUACAGAUAAUGCCUGGAUAGAAUUAUCCAUUGAAUAUCUCUUAGAUUAUGAUCAUCAAUUUACAACAUGUAUACCAUGUCUUCACAAUGAACAACUUAGUCAUCUUGAACAACCACGUUUUCUAUGGAAAGAUGUAAAAAAUACAAUUAAUAUUGGACCAAGAACUCAUUAUCGUCUUAUAAGAAAUUUAGCCUAUAAACUUGAUGCAUAUUUCUGA